AAGCCGCAGUCACAAUUUAGUCGUUCUACGGUGAACACGUUGCGUUGCGUUAUAUCGCGUUACCGGCGGUUAUCUUCUACCGGAAGUGAAGAAGCCUUGCUUUAUACGACGGCAUUUCGUAUACCGGUACCGCGUCAACCUACAAAUUUGUUUAUUUGAAAAUUAAUCAAAAAUAAACAAGAGAACAACGAGACGAGACGUGUGAGUGAUUUUUUUUCUUGUGAUUGACGGAAAAAGAAUCUAGUGUGUUAUCCGCGUUGUUCUCUCCACCCCCCACCGCAUAUCGCUCCUGCGCGCGCGCGCGCGCAACUGUGUGUUGGAGCGUAGUGUGAGUUGUGUGUAUGUGUAUCUACGUUUUCGCCGACGGAACGCGAGUUAAGGAACAAAGGGAAUAGAUAAUAGAAUCGAAUCUAGAGAAUAUAGCGACGUUGAACGUUUAUCUUUGUUUCGAUCUUUCCUACAUCGUAGAUUUCUUUCGAAUAUAAGAAAAGAACAAUUUGAAUACGCUAUUCGCGUAGGGUUCAUCAACGCUUCUUACGGACCUGAACGAACGAACGAACGAAGGAACGAAAGGAAUCGUCGUCCGGCUUCGCGGCUUUAAGCCGGCCGGCGCCCGCUUUAAAGGGAAUAGAACGAAAGCGUCGGCGCGUCGAGAACUCUCUCAAGUUUCCGACCAAAUCAUAUUUGUUAAUACAAAUUUCCCAUAAUUAUUAAACGAGACCAUAUUUUAUACCAUAUCGAUUCUUUAUCUGUUAUUUCAUUCAAUUGUUUUUAGCCGCUCCUAUUUUUUCCCAAUUCAGUCUUUUUUUUUUACCUUCGUCCACCUUAAAAGGUUCCUUCGAAGAUUUGCGUCCGAUCACUUCCGGGAUCGAGUUUUCCCUUUAACGGAUUAAACCAGAAAUGAAAGUUUGCUUGACGAACUUUAUCAUAUACGCCAAAGAAUAUUUCGGUAUUCCCUGAAUUUUCAUUCAUUUGGAUUAUCAUUCCUUAUGGACGAAGAUGUAGUUCUUGCAAUGGUCCUAAAGUAUUGACCUUCCUCGAGGGAGGCAGGGUGCCUCGAGGGAAGAAAUAAGAAGAUCAAACGUAUUCGCGAAAAUUCCAUUCGUAUCUAUCAUAUACACAGAUAUAUAUAUUUCGUUGAUAUCAAAUCAUUUGUGAAUGGUGAUGAUUUUACGAAUGUAAUAUCGUGUAAUUGGUGAAGAAUCUUACCAGGAGAGAUCAAAUUUUCUUUCUUACCUUUUCGUUUUAUUUUUUACUAUUUUAAUUUUUUUCCGCAAUUGUUUGAUCAAAAAAAUCAAAUCUCUCCGUGGUACACAUGCAAAGGACAAGAAAAGUUCUAACGUUCUUAUUGUGAAAAAGAAUGAGUGAAUUAUUUCGGUGAAAAGAGGAUUUAUUGGCGAUUUCUUCAAGAAAAAAAUAUUAACAACCAAAAAGUGGAUUCGGUCUUCAGGAUGAUCGGAUUCUAUUUUCGGGAGACGUACGCCUAGUCAUCACAGUGGAGUUCUGCUUAAUUGCAGCCUCGGGAGGGGGUGGUUCGAUGUUGGUCCCUCCCGUGGCCCAAGGCGGGACGGGCGAUCGUCCCGUUGGUGACGCGAGUGGUAGGGCCCAGCAGUCAUCCGGCCCUGCCGGGACAGCAACCCUAUGGCCUCUCGCACCAGCGCAGCCCAAUCAAGUUCCAAAUCAACAGUCGCAAGGAAUACCACCCUUGGCUGCUACCCCUGCACCGGCACACAAUCAAGGUGUGAGCCGUUAUGGGUUAUACUCGUUAUUUCCCGGGGGUGGCGGAGGUAGUUACGUCGCGGCCACUCCCGCCACCCCAGGGCCACCCACCCCCGCGCGCGCUUAUCACGCAACAACGCAUAAGGAACGAACAGUUUCAGAGAGCGUGUUCUCUGCCGCUGUCGGAGUUGGCGUUGGCGGGUACACCUGGGGUGCUCCCACGCCACCCCCAGGAUCACCCUACAGCCCUGUCCCUGUGACUCAGCUCGAACUACUCGCCAAGAAUUUGGCGAGUUUGGGGCCUCCCGCCCAACAGGCGUUGAGCCUUCAGGGUGUCGGCGUUAAUGUCGGCAGUCUUCAUCAUGCGCAGCACACUCAGCACACGCAGCACACCCUCAAUCUCGCUGGACUUCAUCAUCUGCACCAUGGUGAGCAAACGACAUUAUUGAUCGCAAGUUUACAUCAGAACACUUUUUCGCCCCAACUGUCCCUGGUGACCGGUAACGCGCCGACAUUGACGAUCAAUAGUUUUUCCCCAAAUUCGACGGGUAAUGUCGUGCCGACGACAGGAGUAUUGCUCCAGGAGUAUCAGUCACCGACAGGCUCGACGGGCACCGGUUGUUCCGUCGCAGUGAACGGUUCUUCAUGCCCAACGAGUUCGACGAGUACCACGAUGGUUGUCCAGGGUGGCAACCAGGUUGUCCAGACUACCGCGAAGAAACGAGAAGCCUUCCUCUCGAGUCAAGGUCAACCGGUGAAACUGGAGAACAAGUCGACGAGGCAACCCUGCGUUUGCAGGAACAGCAACGGUAAAACGAAAGUGGUCCAUUCGGAUGCUGGCUGCAGCAGGACGUUGCCCGUCGCAUCGUCCUGGAAUGGACAGGAUGCGAAUAAUGGCGUUAAUUCUAAUACGAAUAAUAAUAACAACCUAGUGAAGAGAGAACCCUUGGCCUCUGUACCUUGUCAGGUUGCCGAGGUUUCAACCUCUCUUCACGCUACCACUACCUCUGUUAAGAUCGAGCCGGUUCCCCCGAAAUCGGAAAAUGGUAUACUGGUAUCGAAUACUAACGCAGGUGGAAUACCAGUUGGAAUUGCUAUGGCAAGACAGAGAUCACAACAUCAGGAAACCUCGGCGUCCAUGAGGAAUGUCUCCCUCAGUCAUCAUACGUCGCAUCACGCAAGUUAUCAUCACUUUCAACCUGACAAUCUUGGUUCAUCGAGCACGGCCAUGACGGUAGGCGGCGCUACGCUCGUCCACUGUGGCGGCGGUGGUGGGGAUGAACGUCCGGCCCACCUCGCCAUUCCUUCGGGUGCUUUGGCGCCCUCGUUGAACGCGGCCCUCGGUUCGAGUCUUGGUUCGAGCCUUGGUUCAAGCCUCGGUCCGAAUCUCGGCCCGAGUCUUGGCUCCGGCCUGAAUUCCACUUUGAAUUCCAGCUUGAAUUCCACUCUCGGUAGUACCGCAACGGCCGCGGCCACUACCGCUUGGCCUCCCACGCUUUGGCAGUAUCCGGCCUCGGCCGCGGCCGCUGCCGCUGCUGCUGCCGCCGCAGCCGCAGCGAUGCCCAUGGAACCCGUAGGGUUCCCACAGAUGGGCGUCGGUGUGCAGGGCGGUCUGCAGUUGGUCAGAGAUCCAUCCAGCGGUCAUCUUCUUUUAAUUCACGCAGCCGAACAAAUGCAGCAGGCUGUGGUCUGGCCGAAUUAUCCAAAUCACAAUGGCGGAAACGUAGCGCCUCCGUCCCUUUUGUUACCACCGCCACCACCGUCCCUUCAACUUUUAGGCGACAUAGGCGGUGCUAGAUUGGUCCUUACCGAGAGUAAAAGAAAACAACAGAACACUUUACCGAUCGUAAAGAUCGAGGCGGAUUGCGGUACGAGUCCGACAACCAUAAUCACAUCGACGGAAUCAACGAAGGCAUUGCAGAGCGUGACAUCGGUGACGGGCACUCUCGUGCCAGAUGCACCGCUCGUAACGACUCUUCAUUACUACCCACAUGCACCAGCGUUGGUGCAGAUUAGUCAAACGGAGCCCACGCAUUGUAGGUCGCAGCGAAAUUCGUUUAUUUCGAAGGCAACCUCGCCGGUAUCCUGUCUGACGCCCCCACCAGAAGUUACGUCGAUCCAUGCAAUCGAACCACCACAGAUGACACCGAUGGUCGGUGUUCAGGAUGCUUCGAAUCAAACAGAAGCACCGGAAGCCGAACAGGAACAGGAUGUACCGGCAAUGGUACCAAUGGAGACGCAGGUUAAACAGGAGCAGAAUUUGAGUCCGUGUCAGCUUCAAUGCGCGAGUACUGCGACAAAUCUCACUACUACAACUACCACGACGAAUUUGACGAAUUUGACUAACUUCGAGAUAGUCGCUGCUGCCCCGGAAAAAAUGUGCAACGUCGUCAGGAUAACAACUACUACGACUACGGUCAAUCCGACCGUUUGCGGUAUCGUCGGCAAAGUCGAUAAAGCAGAAAACACGAUCAUCAAUAUGGCUGAUUGUCCGAAAUAUUCGAUUACGAGGGAAUGCAGAAGCGUUACGUCGAUCGACAGGACGAUCGAACGCGUCGUGAGUCGUCAGGAUGAUUUGGAACACGACGAGGAAGAAGAUUCCAGGCAGGAUCGGACAACGAUCAAUGACGAUGACGAUUGUUACGACAACGGCAAGUCACCACCACCGAUUUGUCGAGACGUGAGAACUGGUCCCAGGAUCAUCGAAAUCACCGAAGAAAAUUGUGACAGUUUUCACGAAAAUUUGGAUUUCUUUGCAAGGAGACGAGAUCGUUCGACCGAUCGUAUUAGAGAUCGCAGGAGAAGUUACGCGGUCGAUACUACGCAGGAACAACCUCAACAGAGUCACGAAGACGAGAAAAAAGUCCUUGUCGAAGAGCCCGUGAUUGAUCGGAUCGCUGAAGAAUCAAGGGGUACAGUUAUACAUCAAGUUAUUGCUAAAGUAUCACCGGAAACUUCUUAUUGCGAGUCACAGACGAAAGAGGAAAUGUACGAGGAUUCUAAAGUAAUCGUCGAUUCGACGUCGAAUAACGGGCCACAAUCGAUGACGAUAACAACGACUACAACGACGAUGACGACUACUAUGACGACUAUUAUGACGACUACGAUGUCAACUACGAUGACAACUACGAUGACAACUACAACGACGACGACAACUCCGCAAAAUAUUGGCGAUUGCGAUAGUUGCGGGAAAAAUCGAGAUAUCCGUCCGCAAGUAGUCGUCGUUCAGCAAAAUUCCGAAGUGAAACCUCAGAUCAGUGUGAAAUCUUUCGACAUGCCCAACAUCGAUUGCGACGAUCAAGAAGUGGAAACGGUCGUGAUCAAGCAGGAAGCAGACGACGGUUCCUUUGACGAACAAAAUUCUAAAUUCGAUAAUCCAUCGUCUAUGGAUAAGCCAAAGGAUUCGACGAAGAGGCAUUCGGUAGAACGAUCUCAUCCAGGUAUCGAGAACGUUGUUGAGAAAUUGAAGAAAAAUGCAGCUGCCGCUAUGCAAGAAUCGUCCUGUCCAUUACAAAAGAUCGAUGAGUCCAAAGAACGUAACGGCGAUAACUUACGUUCUAGAAGGCAUCCGGAAACGAUGCCGAGAAAGUUAGAGAAUGGAUUGAAGAAACACAUAUUGAGAUCCUGUGAGAAUGAACAAUUGAUGAACGAGAAACGUGAAAAUUAUGAAAGAUCGGAGAUCGAAGAAUCUUCGGAGAAAGAUCCUUGCAGUUUAGCUUGUGCUCGGGAUUACCUGCAUAAUGAUAAUAAUAAUGAUAGUAGGAGUAACAAUAAUAAUAUCAAGAAUAUCAAUGAUAAAGAACAUGUCAGCAGGAAAAGGUCUGCAGUGGAUUCAAUCGAUUCCAGGGUCAAGUACAAUGCAUUACCGAAGGUAAACGCGAAUCUCGCGAAAAAGAGUCGUCUUCUCGAUAGAACAUCAAAUGUCAAUGAAGACACCGUUAUUUUAUCAGCUGCCAUUGUCGACAAUCAAAAUACCAAAUUGAAAUUGGCCAUUUCGGCUAAACCAAAAUUUAACGUUGAUCUCAGUGGCUUAGAAUUACUUUCGAACAGCAUCGAACAGUUAGAACAUUUGAAACCCGAGGCACAGAAUUGUACGACACCGGACCUCGAGGAAGGAAAACUGAUAUCUCCUCCGGAUGAGAGUAAUAAUAAUCGGCUGAAUAGUCGGCUCAAUUUGCUCUGUGCUUUGGCUGCCAUGAGAUUUAACGAAGAAGUCGAAGGAGACAAAGUGCCGACUAAGCCCAAUAUCGAAAAUUCCGAAGAAAUAUCUCGAGCUAGUAAGCUUUUGUUAAAUCUUGGAAGGACGAGUUUGGAGAAGGAAAGAAGAAGAUUGGAUAAAAGAAAAAGUACCGAAGGAGACGAUGAAAAUUACGAAAAAUCUAAACGACUCAAGACCGAUGUUGCCUACGAAGAUAACGAUGUUAAAAAUUCAUCGAUAUAUUAUUACGAGCAAAGUGGUAAAAGUAGGAAACACGGAGCUAGAUUGCAAGAAGACAUGGUCUUCAGAGUGAAAAAAAAGCCAAGGAGAAGUAUUGAUCUCCCCGAGGACAAUUGUAUCGACGAUGAGGAAACUUCUUCCUUGGCUGAUAGAUUCGUACGAGAACGAAAAUGCGUUCCUAAAAUUGACAAGGACAAUAACGAUUUGAAUUAUGUUGAAAAUAAGGAAACCUUGGAACGUUACGAGCCUCAUUACGAAAGAUUUUGCACUGACGAUAGGUGUUACCGUGAUGUUUCUAAAGAAAAUGCCUUGACAGAUUCUGAAACCGAAAACGACAAGCCAACAUCCUCUCCUACGAGAUUAGAAGAAGACGAACUCGACGUAAAUAUGCAAAGGAGACGAGAAUCUACAGAGGAAAGUAACAGAGAAGCAAAAUUAGAUAACAAAAUAAUCGCUGGUAAGAAAAUUAAAUUGGAAGAAGACGGGGUUUGGCCAAAUACAGAAUUUACGGUGAUGAAUAUGAGAGAUAGAUUAGCUGAUAUCCAAAGACAAUAUAAAAAAAAACAAAAGGAACUUUCGAGGUUAACGCCGAAAAAAGAGGAUAAGAGAAGUCCAGGUAGACCGAGAAAGAAGAGUCAUUCUUCGAGUUCCGAACACAGUAUUCUCUCUUCUCCUCCCAUUUUGGAACCAGUAGUCCCAUGUCAAAAGUCUCCGUCACAUUCUCCUGACGGAGCUCCACCGCCGUUAACGUCAGCAGUCUUGGCCAUGCCAAGAUGUAACGUGAAUCUUGUGAAACUCGGCGAACCUCGAAGUCAUAUUAAACUUUUGGACAGUAUACCUAGUAUACCUAUAUCAGUACCACCGGUUGCUUCGCCUAUCACGGUCUUACCUACUAGCAAGAUACAAUCAGAAGAUGACGACAAGAGUGCUGGAAGGACGGAAUAUGACACGUCUUCGCCAGCACCAACCAUAACAAGUUCUUCAAGUUCAGCAUCAAAAAAACGUAAAUUUGGCCGUCCCAGAAAACUUAUGUGCACAUCCGGAAAUACCAGACACUUUACAGAAACAAUAGUAGCUAAAAAACCAAAAAGCAAAAGUUCCCUCGUGGGUUAUUUGCUGUCACCGAAAAAUAGGCAUCUUCAAACAAAGUACAUCGCCAAGUCUGGUUAUACUCCCCUACCCUUUAAAACCGGAAUGUUGUCCUUAAAAGCUUCUUCCAAGAAUCACAAAUCAGUCAAGGCGAAGACGAAACCCGCGAAACAAACUCCGCUGCACAAUAAGAACGUCAUCAGUUCGAUUAUAGCGGAGAAGGCUAAACUUAGCCAUGAAGUUAAGUUGGAUAAACACAGUAGUAAGGUAAGACCAAAACUAAAAGCUGAGGCAAAAGUUAAAACCUGGGAAGACGACGAGAGUUCAAUAGUUGCAAAUGUAUCGACGGAUGCCAUUAGCCAGGAAAUUAUUGAGGAUAAAAAUCUUGGCCAGCCAGAAGAGGCAGAGGAGGAUGAAGAAGAAGAAGAGGAAGAAGAAGAAGAAGAAGAAGAAGAAGAAGAAAAAGAAAAAGAAGAAGAAGAAGAAGAGGAAGAAGUAGUAGAGGAGAAGGAUGAAGUGGAAGUCGAAGAAGAAGAGGAAGAGGAAAAGGUUGAAGAGAAAGAAAAAGAGGUGGUGGUCGAGAGGGAAAAAGUGGAAAGAGAGGUGGAAAGGAAUAGGCACGAUAAACUGAGGAAGAGGAAACAAAAGUCUAUCUCGUCCUCGCCAGGUCGACAUAAAUCGAACGAUCGCGAUAAGAAGGAAUCCAAACGUCGAAAAUCUUCCGAUUGUAAAGAUUGUAAGGAAUGUGCGAAGGUUGCUAAAGCGGAAAGAGCAGAAAGCAUUAUUAAUAGAUGUAAGCUAACGUCGGCUCACUUGGCUAUUGAUCAACUAAGAGUUCUUCUGGCAAUGGGUGGGCUCUUUUAUGCCGGUAGACUUAGUGCUGUUCAAGCUCCUGAUGUUUAUGCUAUUACUCUUGAUGGCGAACGAGGCAAUAGACCUCACAUUCAUUCCAGGGAAGAGAUUUUAAGAGACUCGAUCGUAGAGGUAUGUCCAAGUUCGACAAAAGAGUUACCACCGGGUACGAGACUUUGUGCUCAUUGGAGCGAACAAUACAGAUGUUUUUACCCGGGAACAUCGGUCGAACCUACCGAACCAGAUCCUGAACUUGACGAGAAAUUUGUCAGCGUUGAAUUUGAUGACGGCGACAGCGGUAGAAUCGCUUUGGACGACAUCAGACUACUGCAACCUGAUUAUCCUGUUGUUGUAUAUGAUCCAAAUCCUCUUUUAUCUUUGGGUAAACGUCGUCGACAAACAUCAGUGUCGAUAGAAGAUAAAAGAUCGUCUGUUAAUACUAUAUCUGGUACAACAUCGAAUAUCAAUAGUUUAACAUCUACGGUUUCCUCGACAACUAACGCUCUCGUUGCAUCUUUCGAUAAAACGUCCGUGGAACGACAUAAAACGGAUGAUAUCAGUGCUAAAGUAUUGGAUGAUUAUCGCGAACGUAAACGUUUGAAAAAGAGAAGAAAGGAUAAGUUGAAGAGACAGCACGAAGCUCAAGAAGGAAAAAAAAAACAUAAGAGGCAUAAGGGUUGCGAAGAACACAGAAAGCAUAAGCACAGGAAACAUAGGAAACACAAACACAAGCAUAGUCAUCACUGCAACCACAGCGAAGGAAGUCAAAUAAGCAGCGGGGAAAGUUGUUGCGGUCAAAAAAGCGAAGACGAACCAAAUAAAGAAGCUCCAGCUAAGAUUGAAGAAGAAGAGGAGGAGGAGGAGGAAGAAGAGGAAGAGGAGGAAAGCGAAGAAAUGGCCAUAGUUGAAGAAGAGCCAAUCGAACCAGUUCAAGAACCAAUUGCAGAAAUAGUAAGGGAAGAAAAGAGAGAAAAGCCGAAAAAAUCUGAUAAAAAAGGGAAAGUACGAGAGAGACAAGAGUCUGUUGAAAGUCGAAGUAAAAUGGCUGCAUUCUUGCCUGCGAGACAAUUAUGGGGAUGGUCUGGCAGAGGUUACAGGAGACCUGGUGCAAAAGGAAGAGCUAAGAAGCAAUUUUUCCGAGCCAUUCAAAGGGGAAACGAAACUAUCCAGAUUGGUGAUAGUGCAGUUUUUCUUUCUACUGGUAGACCAGAUAGACCAUACAUUGGACGUAUUAAGUCUAUGUGGGAAACAUCGAGUUCUAAUAUGAUAGUUAAAGUUAAGUGGUUUUAUCAUCCCGAAGAGACAGUAAGAUGUCCGACCAAUCUAAAAUAUCCGGGUGCUCUAUUCGAAUCACCUCAUAUGGAUGAAAACGAUGUACAAACAAUUUCACACAAAUGCGAAGUACUACCAUUGGACGAGUAUACAGAAAAGCUGGGAAAAGAACCUCACAGAUAUCUUACCAUCUAUGAUAACAACGAUAUCUACUACUUGGCUGGAUAUUAUGAUCCCACCACGUACCUUUUACGUAUGCAACCAGGGGUUGUUUGAGAACAGCUAAAGCUGACGAUAAGGUUGACUGGUGUCACUUAAUCGUAGUCAGCCAAAAAUUUUGCGAAAUUCAAUUACAAUAAGCUAAUGUUUUUAAUAACAAUUAACAAAGCUUUGUAUACCUUGUCGUUGGUGUUAAACGACAAUGAGGAAAAAGACACUGGAUUAAGGAAUCAUAUUCCUAUCACAGAAGUCAUAAUGCAAUAAAGGAGAUAGAAUGCAAUUGUCUUGCAUUCCCAUUGUACGCCUUCUUGAUAUUUAUUAAUGAGAACGAUGUUUAAUAGAGUUCAUUAUUAUCAUCUAAAAACUUGCAUAAAAAAGUCUAAAGAAAUCUGCUGUGCAGAAUCUUUUGCGAUAUAUCUUAUUCAUUAACACAUUGCGAAUUGGAUCCCGUUGCUGCAGGUAUCCAAAGAAGUAUCAUCAUUUCAUGCAAGGCACAAGCGUUGUAUUUGAACAAAAAAAAAAGACAAAACUAUUUUUCCCGUAAUCUUUGCACACUAUAUUUGCAAGUUUUAUCACAAAAUAUUCACGAAGUGCACGAACUUGAAUAAAUUUAAACGAAUUCGUAUUAUCCAAUAGUAAUUCAAAACUACGUAUUGUAGCAAUAAACGCUUUCCAAUUUUUCUCUCUAUUAUCUUAUUGAACAUGAUCGAGAAAAAAAAAAAAAUAAGAAAUAAAAAGAAUUUUUCGAUAAAGUUCUUAAAUAAUCUUGUUAAUCAAUCAGCUAAAUUUAACGAUAAAAAGAAACUUAUUAAAUGCUAUUAACAUAUGAUUAUUUUCUUUAUCGUGCAUAAAUAAAAAUGAGUCUCUUACUAACUCGAUACUUGCUUCUUUAAACUCGUACGUCAGCUAAUGAGAAACAGUUUCAAUAUUGAUGUGUUACGUACGUCGUUGAUUAACUCAAAGUGUUAGUUAUUUAUUAAUUUAGUGUAUUUUCUGAAGUGUUUUGUGAUAGCGCUUGCUCAAGAUAAAAAAUUAACGGACGGUAUAAUAAUAGACGAAAGAAAGAUGAAAUUGAAAUCUACGUGUAGAUAUAUCGUUCAUUUCUCAAUAAUAUACAAUUUUAUCUGUCCGAGAUAAUGUCCAUUUCAAAGAUAUAUUAAUAAAGAUGGUUAAUCCUUCUUUAGAUCAUUUUAAACGAUUCGAUUGAUAGAACAAAUUAAUGAUGAAAUAUUUCAACUAAUUUCUAUACGUAUGUGAUGUAUGUAUGUGUAUGUAAUAUACGUAUAUGCAUUCACAUUAUAUUACGUAUCCAUAGUUAUAUAUACAUAUAUACAGUAUACCUGCUAUCUUAUAGAAAACAAAAACAAAAAAGGUUGACCAAAGUGUAAUUCACGAGUUUGGCGAAGCUUUAUUCUGAUAAACUCUUUUUUAGAAUUCUAAUAGAUUCUUAUCUUCGACAGUGUCAUCGAUCUAAUCCCACGUGUGAAAAAAAAAAGCAUAUUUGUAUAUAGGGUGGGAAUGAUUCGCUUGAGAUUACUCGAUCUCAUUUCCAUCGGAUAAAUUUAUAUUAAGAAAAACGUAUAUAAGAUACGGGAGAAAUCGAUACAAAAAAAAAAAAAUACAAAAUUAAUCGAUAUUAAUGGAGGAGUUUGUGUCUUGUAUUUCUUCGAGAAAAUGAAUGUAUUUACAUACGUAGGGAAAAAAAAGAAAAAGAUCCUUGUUGUAGAUAUUUUUGUAGCCGAUCUGAUACUACGGCCCUGAUCACUUAUCACUCAUAUAUAAUAACUAAAGGAAAGUUGCAAUAAACGAGUGACAGGGACGUUACAA